UGGGAAUGCAGUGUGAACAGGGGCAGAGAGGUCAGACAGACGACGGAGGAAGGCUUUGCGCCGCGGCGAAAUUGAAGCAAAUCUGCACCAGUCUGGUUGCAUUUCGUAGCUCUGAGCCGAAUUUUUGUGUUUCGGCACACUUCGCGACCUCGGACCAGUGAGCUUGUAGAUACCAAAUCAUGGCGCUCCGUAGGUGUCUACAAUCAAGCUUGCGGACUAGCGUCCGUUCGUUGCAUCUUCUGGAAGCUCCAUUGUACGCCAGUGCAUACAGUAGACCUUAUGACAGAGCAGGAGUAAUUGAUUCUUGCAACAUUCGAAAGGGGCUGGAAUGGAAAUCCAAUCGAUUUGCAAGUUCAGAUGCGACAAGCAGUAUGAAGGACCAGGAAAAGUUAGUGUUGUAUCGUGCCAAAUGGAUGCGGCCUCUGCGGGUCAUGGUCAGGCUUAAGAUUUUUCAGCUUGGAGGUUUGGCGGCGCUCGCUUUGCCACUAGCUGAAUAUGCAAAUGAGGGACAUCUUUCUGUGGGAACAAUUGCAGCUGUAACCGCUGUGGUUGGGGGAGCCGGUGCUGCUUCAGCUUCACUUUGGUAUUAUUCUCGCAGGUAUGUAGGGGAAAUGGCGCUUGUGGGGCCAAAACUUAGACACGUUAUGCUCAGCGUUAUUGAUUUUUGGGGUAACCGUGAGGAUAACAAGUUUGAGCUCAAAGCUAUAGUUCCACCUUUGAAGGGAUUGUCAAACUCAGAGCUUGAGACGAUGGCAAAUCAAGUGCUUAUUCCUCUGGAUGUGGUUGGAGAGAGGCAGUUUUUUCUGAGCCUCAGGUACGGGCGUUUAAUUAAGAAGGACUUAUUGUUUGCACUUCUUCACGGCAACCUGGACUUUGAGGAUCUUCAGGGUCCAUUGGGCAACGAGCAGGUUCUAGAAAAGAAUGAUAGCAUUCAUCAGCCAUCGGCGGGCGUCAGCAAGGGUGAAGAUUCAUGUGUGCAACAGAAAGUUUGACACAUAUUUUAUAUUUUGUCCAAUAUCUGAGUAAUGAUUUAUGUUACUGUUUUUUGCAACCUCAUCCAGUAAGUGCUUUUCAGUUCUUGACAGCAGUGGCUGCUUUUAUGUGUUUCCAGCCAGUGGUCAUUUCAUUGCUAAAUACUAAUGAGUUUUCUCA